AUGGCCCGGCUUAAGACUAAGUGCGUGAUCAUACUUUACACUCUAAUAGUUUCUGUGUCCGCGAGAUCUCUACCUUUAAAACAUGAAUCCACAUCUAUAAACGAAGGCGCAUACAUACCAUUCAAAACGGAAGUACUAGAAGAUGCUCUCGAUUUCGAUUCAAGGGAAGAGAUAGAAAUAAAAGAUUUAUCAAUUCCAAAUGGAACUCACCGGAUAGAAACCCGUGAUGACAUAACCACGAGUAACAUAAGAAACGGUCAAACAGUAUUCGCGUAUAAUAUACAAUUAACAAAAGGAGAAGAUAAUAAUAAUAUUGAAGGAAAAGCAAUUUUGGAUGUGAGAGUAUCUGAAGAUACAAGGGCAAAUCCACUGAGGUUCCAUAUACUUGGGAUAAAGGUGGAAUCCGUUCUAAUAGGUCUUGUGACUGAUGACAGCAUGUUGACAGUUACACCGAACAUUAUUAACAAUAUUUUGGAAAUCAAGCCACCAAGUGAAGCAUACAAAUACAUCCUCCACAUUGAAUAUAAUAUACCAAUAAGAAACGACGGUGUUGGACUAUACGCUUACGAUGAGGAAUACAUCGCAAUGAACCUACACCCAACGAACGCGAGGCGUGUGUUCCCUUGCAUGGACGAGCCCAAUUUGAGAAGUGUUGCUGUCACUUUUAACUUCAUCGACAUGGGAUUCGAGCAUUUGAUGACCAAUACCGCACUAGCUGGAGACAGUGAGACAACAUUUCAACCGCUUCAAGGCCCAGUACAUCGCUGGGCCAUGGUGGCACAUAGUAUGAACAACAUCGUCAACCCAGUUCCAAACUUAGUGUCACUCUACGUUCGAAGAGGAAUCCUCAACCAAGAUCAGUAUGGGUCGGUGGCCAUCAGCAGUUACUACGUCGCUUUAAACACAUGGACCGGUCUUGAUCAUUCACAAAUCAUCGAGCAUCAAGAUGGCGGCCUGCAUGUUAUGGCCGUCCCUGAUGUCCACCGAGAUUGGUACGGCCUGUCCACUUUGUGUAUUUGGGAACCCUUCAUCCUGAUGGAGAACAACAAUAACGCUGUCAAGCAAAGGAAGCUAGCCUUGGUGACGAUAGCUGAAGGAAUGGCGAGACAGUGGUUCGGCUGGAUAUUAUAUCCUGAUAAUUGGAGGGACCAGUGGGUGAUUGCAGGUCUAGCAAGUUAUGCCGGCUAUGAGGUAGCCAAAAAUUUUCAAACGCCUCCCCCAGAGCAAGAAGACCCAUCUCUCAUUGACAUGAACGCAAUGUUCACACUGGAUGUCAUUCAAGAGAGUCUUCUCUACGAUGCGUAUGUGGACGCUGACCCUCUGAGGCUUGCAAAUGCCAUAUUCAAUCCAGACCAAAUAAGACUGCACAUUGAUGGGCUAAUAAAGACGAAAGCACCCGCGUUGCUGAGAAUGACCCGCUUGUUGCUCAGUCGACAAACUGAUUUGGUACAAAAUGCCGCACAAGGACUUUUAAGAAGCAGGUCUGUAAACAAAAAUUAUUAUCAAUCCAACAGCGCUUCAACGCCGGUCACCACUAGAAACCUGUACGACAGUCUGAACGCUGGCUACAAGACGCCGGUCGGCAGCGGUCUCAUAGACAACGUGGAGGACUUCCUCCGCCCCUGGGUAGAGAACAGCGGCUACCCCUAUUUAACUGUCAACUUGCUGGGAAAUACUGGUGUUACCAUAACACAGCACCGUUUUGGGUUCUCAAACCGAGACUCAGUUGCCUACGCCGUUCCAUUAACUUUCACAACCGGCAAUAACCCUAAUUUCGAAGACCUGUUCCCAACACGUGUGGAACAAAAUAAUGCGAUGAUUAAUGACGUGAUAUUUGAUGAUUGUUGGAUCAUAUUCAAUCUUCAAGGUCAAGGUUACUAUCGCGUUAAUUACGACGAUGAACUGUGGAAUAGAUUAAUCGAAGCUCUGGGGGAUGAGGAGACCAGAGACGACAUCCAUCCCCUCAAUCGAGCUUCUCUCCUGGAUGACGCCUUCAACCUAGCUAGAGCCGGUAUCUUGGGCUAUGAUGUGCCAUUUGAAAUGGUGUUGACUAUGGAACUUGAAACUGAGUAUGCAGUGUGGAAAGCUUAUAUCAGAAACAUGGAGUUCAUAAGGAAACGUCUCAUGCCCUUCGUAGAUGACGACGAUGACCUCAAUGAAAACAUAUACUGGCGAUUGCUCCGAAGAGCGAUAGUGGCAGUAGAAGAGGAAAUCGGUUGGGAACCGGACGGCGAGGAUACUGCGAUGAUGUCACUUACGAGAGGCCUAGUCAUGGAGCAUGCGUGCAAAAUCGGGUACGAGACUUGUGUCGCGGCUGCUGUUGACAUAUUUUUCAACCCCAAUGAUGAAGAGGAAGUCAAUCCAAACAUACCACCAGAGCUCAGGCCAGCGGUAUAUUGCACCAUGUUGAGAGAGGAUGAAGACGACGUAGCGCUGCCUGCUCUUCAAGCUCUUUUAAACAGGAAUCCACCGCUAACUAGAUAUGAACGCCUGGUCGUUUUGGAAUCUUUUGCCUGUUCUGAAAAUAAUGGAUUCAUUACCGACUUACUUCAAGAGACGAUUAAUGAUGAGAGCCCAUACGUAGUGGAAGAGCGGUCGAGGAUCUUCGCAGCAAUUGCAUCGUCAAGUAUCGACAACGCACGGGCUGCGCUCCAUUUCCUCACUAGAAAUGCACAAGCUAUAAGAAAUACGUACGGUGGUCCAGAAAAACUUGAAGAUGCCAUUUUCGUUAUGGCAGAAAACGUUGCAAAUGGUGGACUCCGCAACGAAUUCAACAAUUGGAUCACUUCCUUGGAUUCUAUAAGCAAUCUGGGCGACUCGGCGACGGUGGCGCGACGAGCGUUAGCGCGUAUCGAUGAAAACAUGCAAUGGAACAACAACAACCUGGGCGACAUUUACGUAUGGAUCGAUGAAAACGAUGCUCCCACCAUUUUCGUGUCAACGUUCCUCAUGUGUAUAUCAGUAUUUAUAGCAUUGAUUAACUAUAACUAG